UAGCCAAUGGCGGUGCGUUGACAAGUACACAACAUUUUUCAACAGAAAUUUGAAUGUUCAACCGUCGAGUGAGGCGUAGAGACGUUCGCGAGGUUUACUUUGGAUUAGAAUAGGCCGGGGGGUUAGAGUUAGGAGUUGAGACAGGGAAAGGCUUAUCAAAGUGUUGUCGUUUAAAGCACGGGCAAAAAAUGGAUAACCUUCGUGUGUUGUACAAGGCGGGCAAAGCCCAAAAAUUACCUGGUGAGAAAAGGCAGGUUGCCAUUAGAGAGCAGAAGAGGAGGCGGGAAGAUACCUUCCUAGGAAGAAGAAAUAUUCAGGUAGACGAGUGUCCCAGGUCGGCUUCUGCAGUUGCAUCUCCGAAACUAAAAGAAACAAGACGUGAAAAGCUCUCAAGAUGGAAAGCAGAAAAAGAUAAGUUAGUUGCUCUCCAGAAACUUGCGGAGAAAAAGAAGCCUCCAUUUAAAGCUGGCAUUGCACACCAUGCAAUUGAUCCCAACAAAGAGCUUACUGAAACCACAGCUAAAUGUGCAACUCAAAAAAAAUUAGCUGCGGAGUUGCGUUUGGCUGCUACUGAAAAACGCAAGGCUAAACCUCCUUCUGGCGCUGCUGCUUCCUUAGCUGCUCUGGCAGUUCAAGCCCCUAGUGCUGCAUUUUCAGGACGUAUUACUAGAUCCAGAACUGCUGCUGCUGCUGCUGCGGGGCCUAAAGCAUGCAAUUCAAAAGCUAAAAAAGUUUUAUCAAGCUCGCAACAGACAUCAAAGAAAAUUGUAUCUACCUCUGUAAAUAACAUAAAGGCUUCUGCUGCUGUUCCUUCAAAACGUACCAACACUUCGGCAAGUGUUGCUAAUUCCAAAGAAGCAAAGGUCCAACAGAAAUCUUGUAAGCCUUCUAAACCUGUCCCAGAGGACCAUGAAUCAUCAUUUGCCCCUCAAAAUCACAAAUUUAAGGCACCUAUUAGUCUUACUUUGCCAACGACACCAAUAACUUUAAAAAGAAAAGCAGUGGGGUUCAAGGAAGUAAAUUGGCCACACAUUCCUGGAAUUAGUAUUCUGAACAGCUCUCCUGAAGAGCCCUCUCCCAAAAUCUCUAAAACAGCUCGAUCGCAAAGGAGAGGAAGGCUGUUAGCUGCAAAAGGAUCGUCUCCAAAUAAGCCACUUAAAACUACCAAGUUAACGGUCAAAGAGAAGACUCCUAAGAAGUCCUCUGAAGUCCUCAAGAUUACAGUGAAAGAGAAGACUCCUAAACAGUUGUCUGUAGCUCCAAAGUUAGCUGUGAAAGAGAAGACUCCCAAGAAGUCAAUAGAAGUAUCCAAGUUAACUGUGAAAGAGAAGACUCCAAAGAAGUCAAUUACAGUUUCUGAGUCAUCUAAGGUAGAUAAGUUGGAAAGUCCAAAUAUGUCUCGUUCCUUGCGAAGGAGUGGUAUGUUUGUUGUGACUGAGAUGACUGAGAAAACCUCAUCAAAAACCGAAGUUGUCAAGGAACCCAGAAGCACUGUCAGUAUUGUAGCCGAAGAAAUGCCUGACAUGUCUUCCCAGCCCAGGCUAGGCUCCUCCAGAAAAUCUACAGGCAGCAAAACUCGUCAAAGCAUGAGGGGAAAAGAAAAUGUUCCUGAUGAAGUGGGACAAAGUUUUGCUAUGGAGAAAACAAUCUCACCAAGAUUGCCUGAUAUUGAUGAGAUGGAUUCUGUUAUUCUUAGUUCUAGAAGAAUGUCAAUCCAUGAGCCCUCUCCCACUGUCCAUGUUACCCCUGACAAGUUAUCAUCAGGUAUGGUUCCUGCCCAAUUUAGCCCCUUCAUCACCUCUGCUCGUGGGAAAGACAAAUACAGCACACAAAAGAGAAGAAGUAGCCUAAUUCCUAUGGUUCAAGAAUUCUCGCCUGAACUUGUUCAAAGUAGACAAAUUGAGCACUUCAGGAACCUUCUUGAACGAGAAUCAUCCCGUUUGCUGACUCUUAGUUCUUUGUGGGAAGAGAGGAAAGCUGAGGCCCCUCCAGUCAUUGAGGACAAGAUUUUGGGCCCAAUUGGUCAAGCAAGACUUCUUGUUAAGGAUAAGUUCCAACAGUUCAAAAGGCUUGUUGACAAGUUUGAAGCUGGAGACUCUGAAGGAAAGAUAACUGCCGAUGAUCUGACGGGAUUUUGGGAAAUGAUGUUGCUUACAGUGGAAAAUGUGGAUAAGCGUUUUAAGGAGCUGGAAGAUCUUAAAGAAAAUAAUUGGGUGGAAAAGGAACCGGAAAGAUCUAUCCCAAAAGUCCUUCCUGCUGCAGCUGCCACGAAACCUGUUAAGCCAAGAACUCAAGCUCAGUCAAGAUUAAAAGAUCUCAUUGAGAAUGCAAGGAAGAAGAAACUGGAGGCUAAACAAAACAAGUCAUCUAAUGCAUCUACUGUCUCUGCUUCAAGUGAAGCUGUAACUGCUUUUGAUGGUGGCUUCUUCCGAGUAGAGAGUCCCAAAAAGGUCCUACCAUCUCUGGUUGCAAACCCUGCUUCAAGAAGCCCUAAAGUCAAGCCUACUACUCCUUACCAAUUGGGUAGACGAAGUUUGCUACAGCAGGUUUUGACUCACUCUGCAGUUCGUGCAGUGCAAUCACCAGCUGCUUCACCUCUUAAUAAAAGUCUCCAACUGUCGCCAUCACCCAAAGUAGUUGGUGCACAACUGCGUGCCUCUCAAAUUGGAAAAAGAAUGAGCAUGGACUUAAACAAUGAUUUAAUCACCCAAAGUCCAGCUUCACCUGUUUUGAGAACAGAACCGACCAAAAGUAUCCUCAAAUCAGCUGCCAGAAAAAGUUUGAGGAUUAAUACGCCUCGCAAUAGGGUUGCAUUUGAUGUUCUGAAUCACAGUGAUAAUUCAUCCCUAGGUUCACCAUCUCUGUUGUCCCCUGUUUUAACGCCACAAAGUAAAACUCCACUAAAACAGAGAAUGUCUACUCCUGGGAGUAGGAAAAGAUCAUCUCUUAUUCCAAGACCCAUCACCCCUAAAGAUCGCCCAAGCUUAAUGCCUGUUCGAGAAAGUUUAAUUCCAUCUAAACCUUUGCCUAAUGGAGAAUUAAUAGAUUUUGAUAGCCCUAUUAGAGCUUCUUUUGCCUGAAUGACAUUUGGUUGGAGUAGCUUCUGAUAUAAUGCAAUCUUAUCUAUUGAGUUUUAUCUAUUAAGACAUAAGUAUAUAAUUUGGGUAUUGAAAUGUAUGUUAAACAGUAAUCUUUUAUCCUCUUUAUUUCAUGUGCAUGUACCUACUUAUAUUCUCAUAAUUCCAAAUGGUAAUUGCAUUUUUUGUCAAAAUAGAUUUUAUUAUGUAAAAAAAGUGCUUGUAUACUUAGUUUUACUGGAGUUAUUAUAAUUUCAUUACCGUUUUAUAUUGUCAUCAUCUGUUUGUAUUUUACAUCGUGACUAUGUCUACUCUACUGUAUCAUAUAUUUUUUCUACUUGUUUCAUAUCACAUUUACUUUUGAGUAAGCAAUUUGGUGCUUGCUUCUUAAUGUACCCUAAUUAACACUUGUUACUAAGGUAUUUGAAACAAAUCGGCUUACACUGUGAUCUCUAAGUCCUCAGGACUGCUAACGCCAUGAAGGCAUUUCAGAUGAACAUGCCCAUGUGUGUUUGAGUGAAUAUUGUGGUAGGAAAAUAAAUAUGAAAUGGUUAUUUUAAAA